UACGUGUAAAUGAGUGUUAAAAAACAAAUAAUGUUUGGGAAAAUACUUUUCUUCUAGACUUAGUUUUAGUUACGUAUUUUGGGAUAUGAUGUUCACACAAAGGUCAGAAAAUUUGAUUGUCUUUGUUUUUAUUAUAUAAUAUUUUUAAAAUGCUUGGAGGCCUUUAAUUAGACUGCAGUUGCAUAAUCUAAAAUAACAGUUAAAAGUGCUCGCUCAGCAGUCAAAUAUGUUCAUUGCACUUGCUCAUCUUAUGGGUACUUUUUAGUAAUAUUGAAUAGCCAAAAUUCUGGGAGUUUAAGGUUUUAAAUAAGGCUUUCGAGAAAAUGUCAGAGAAAAAAAGAAAAGGAGGUACUAAGAAAAGAAGUUCAUAUUGCCGGUGUCGUAAGAAACAAGCAAAUUCAAAUCUAUGUUGCUGGUGUUGUAAGAAAAAAGAAAGUGACAAUGAAUCAUAUGAGAGAGAAACCACUUUAGAUUCAGCUCAGGUAGCAAGUCCUACCGAGCCCAUGGUACAAUCAUCAGUUGAUUCGUCACCGGAAACUAAGACUGAUGUGAAAGAGCCUGAACAAGAAAAUACAUCCGCACAAAUUGAGGAAACCGAAUUGGUAUCUAGUAAUCCUGUAUCACAUUCGUCUGCGGCAAAAAAGGACACCAAAAAGUCUGCAUCCAAAUCAAAAAAACCCAAAAAGUCUGCAUCAGCUGAAAGUUCAUCAAAUCCUCAGCCAUGGCCUGCUACAGAUGACAUAGAAACAAAUGAAGAGGAAACGGAUGCUACUGAAACUGCAGAAAAUGCAGCUGAAGAUAAUCCGAAAGUUUUACUAGAUAAAACUGAGGACGAUGAAGCAGAAGAUGAACUGAGAGAAGAUAACACAAAAAAUAUAAACAAAGAGAAUAAUGCACCUGGCGAAGACGACAGUAAGAAUGAAAACAAAGAGGAAGUUAAAGCUACAAAUUCAGGUGUAAUGACAAACAUGAUUCAAAAAAUAAGAAAAGGAAGCAAAAUAUUUUCUAAUAAUAAAUAGAACAUGAAUUCCGAAUAUUUUCUCAAAACGGCACACCUAAUUGAAAAGAUGGAAUGCACGUGAAUUCCGAAGAUAAUUUUUAUAAACAUUUCUUUUCCUUUAUAAACAUUACUGCAAAUGAGCAUUUCCAUAUUUUCCUUUGUGUAAUAAAAAAGUGGUUUCACAUGAAAACUUGUAUCUUGCAAGAAAUUAGGUACAAAAAUGAAAAAUAUGUAAAAUUAAUGCUCAAAAAAACUACUCCAAGAU